CCUGCGAGCCGAGCCGGGUCGGAUUGAACUCAACCGAGAUCAGCCGAACUGACUCCAGCCUAAUCAAGUCCAGUCGAACCGUGCCCAGGCGGGUCCGAAACCGCAGCGCAUCCCGCUGGGUCCGAGCCGAGCCGGGUCGGAUUGAACUGAACCGAGACCAGCCAAACCGACCCCAGCCGAAUCAAGUCUAGUCGAACCGUGCCCAGGAGGGUCCGAAACCGCAGCGCAUCCCGCUGGGUCCGAGCCGAGCCGGGUCGGAUUGAACUGACCCGAGACCAGCCAAACCGACCCCAGCCGAAUCAAGUCUAGUCGAACCGUGCCCAGGAGGGUCCGAAGCAGCAGCGCAUCUCGCCGGGUCCGAGCCGAGUCGAGCCGAGCCAUGCAGCUGGUCCUGCUGGCCCGGCUGCUGUCCGUCGGGCGGGCGGUGCUGGCGGCGCUGCGAGGGCGCCUGGGCGCGCUGUGCUGGAGCCUGGCUCCCCUGUCCCUGUCCCUGCCACUAUCCCUGUCCCUGCCCGGCUGGCGGGACUCGGCCCCCCGGCCGCAGCGGGAGCAGGAAGGGGACGACGCGGCCCCGACGCCCACCAGCGUCAAUUACCACUUCACCCGGCAGUGCAACUACAAGUGCGGCUUCUGCUUCCACACGGCCAAGACCUCCUUCGUGCUGCCCCUGGAAGAGGCCAAGCGGGGGCUGGCGAUGCUCAAGGAAGGAGGAAUGGAGAAAAUAAAUUUCUCAGGAGGAGAACCAUUUCUUCAGGACAGAGGCGAAUUUGUAGGCAAACUGGUCCAGUUUUGCAAGCAGGAGUUGGAGCUCCCAAGUGUCAGCAUUGUCAGCAAUGGCAGCCUGAUCAGAAGGCAAUGGUUCGAGAAGUAUGGUGAAUAUUUAGAUAUUCUGGCAAUUUCAUGCGAUAGUUUUGAUGAGGAUGUCAAUGUUUUAAUUGGCCGUCGUCAAGGAAAGAAGAACCAUGUGGAAAAUCUCCAUAAACUGAGGCAGUGGUGCCGAGAGUAUGCUGUUGCUUUUAAAAUAAAUUCAGUCAUCAACAGAUUUAAUGUUGAAGAAGAUAUGAAUGAGCAGAUCAAGGCACUGAACCCUGUGCGCUGGAAGGUAUUCCAGUGUCUGCUUAUCGAAGGGGAGAACAGUGGUGAGGAUGCUCUAAGAGAAGCAGAAAAAUUUGUUAUCAGUGAUGAAGACUUUGAUCGAUUCCUGGAUCGCCACAAAAAUAUCUCCUGCUUGGUACCUGAAUCUAAUCAGAAGAUGAGGGAUUCAUACCUUAUUCUGGAUGAAUAUAUGCGUUUUCUAAACUGUAGAAAUGGGCGAAAAGAACCUUCCAAGUCCAUCCUGGAUGUUGGUGUAGAAGCAGCUAUAAAAUUCAGCGGAUUUGAUGAGAAGAUGUUCCUAAAAAGAGGAGGAAAGUAUGUGUGGAGUAAAGCAGAUAUGAAACUGGACUGGUGACUCAGUAUACUGAGUUAGAGCAGUGCAUUCUGUGAAAAUAGGUGUAUCUUAUAGGUGAGUGUAUACUUGUAUCUAAUGCUUUUAAUUACACCUGGUAUUUUACACAGACUGAUGUUCAGUAUAACUGUACAUGUGAAUAUGUUACAUGCUUUUUAAAUGCAGAUUACAUUGUCCAUUACUUUCUUGAGCAUGACCAAAUACUUUCAGAGCUUUUACAUGAACAGAUCUCUGAAAUAAACUUUGUAGUGCACUGCACCUAGGACUAAAAGGCAAACUGUUUUUAUAAAAUACUACAUGAGUGUGCAUGCCAGAUAAGAAGCAAAAAAACAUCCCAAACUCUAAUUCAUUCUAAAUAGCUGCAAUGCCGGAAAAGUCAAAAUUCUUAUCUGGACACAUAUUCUGCCCGUUUCUCAGGGCAAGAUGGAUUGCAGUUCCUGGGUUGAUCACUGGAGGGCCAGCUGGCAGGCCUCUGGAAGCAACUUCUGCUUUUUUCAGGAGUAAUAGAGGGUCAGAAUCUGGGAAUCAUUAAGUAAUAACGUAUUUAAAAGAAAAUUA